CCUUCUUGUGAUGCCACCACGUUUAACAGCCUCAAUCCCUUGUUUGUUUUACUUAGUUAUGACCGCAUACCCACAAGGGGGCUCUGGUUCUUUACUAGGAACCAGCCCUAUUUCCUGCAUCUGCAUUCAGCUUGUGACCCUAUAUGUAGCUGCAAUUUCUAUCCACGCCACGAUGCGAGGGCGCCAAGUAUACGUUGGUGGCCCUUGCGAAUAACCGCAGAGUUACAGGAUCCUUGGAGGUUUCCAAUUGAGAAAAAGGUCAAUUUUUCGUAAAAUUUAUUUUCUUUAUUGUCCAAAGACCUUUUAAUAUCUCUUAUCGAUCCCUUCCCCUAUUCCUGUUGUCUUUCUUCAUCCAUUACCACGAAUCCAACAUCAUCAAUUAUUAACUCCUAGGUUAGAUCCUAAUGGGAAACAUGCGCACAGCUUUUGUUAUCUCAGCGCUGGCUGCUGCAGCCGCGCAGGUGCAAGCCCAAGACCUCAACAAGACAAUUGUUGGCUGUGCCGACGUCGAGUGUCCAGCCAGCAGCACGAGCAGCGUAAAUGAUAAGUGCACCGUAGCAGACACCGACUCGUUUAUCUACGUCGGACUAACGCGUGUGCCGACUGACAACGACGCCCUCUCGGGGUUGUCAUGGUCUAAGGGCUUCAAAGUCGGCUCGUAUAACAACAAUCGGGACUACGAGAGCACAUUCUACCUAGGCACACCACCGGACUUACAAUUGAAUAAUUCGACGGGUGCAUGUGCUGUUUUCCUGCACGGCGCGUCUAAGAAUCUGGCUUUCCCCGGCGACAACGACGAGACUGCGCAGGGCACAUGUACAGAUGCCAUGGGCUCUUCAUGCGUUGACGCCCUAGUCUCCCGGGCUACGACUUUGGUAAACGGAUAUAACAGUGGCAGCGAGAGACUCUCCGUCUCGGAGGCUUGUUCGAGACUGCAGAAAGACCUGGAAGAUAGUAAAGACGAAGCCUGUGCUCGGAUCUCUCAGGGAAGUUGGAGUAAUUUUACAAGCGCCGCUUUAACUGGUACGAAUGCAUCACAACCUAUCGGCCAGCAGCAAAACUCAUCGUCAAACUGCUGGCCUGUCAUCCCGAAGCAAAAUGAUCUCACCCUAGUUAGCCAAUAUAACUAUACAGGAGAUGACACCAUUAAGGAGCUAGAAAGGGCUGUCUGGGCUAUCACGCCCAUAAUCACGGUCUUCUACUCGGCAGGGAACGGAAGUCUGGUCACCGAGACCGAAGCUUCUAUGUCCUGUCUCAAAGUCGUGGGGCCCCCGAGAGCAUCUCUAGCUACUAUGACUGAUGGUUCUGGCGAUACUGACGGCAGCGGAGCAGUUGGCCUAUCGUCAUCGCAGUCGGUCUUAUCAGUUGCGUUAUUUGCAGCUGUUGCAGCAUUUUUCGUUGGCAUCUAGCAUGAUAAAUAUUACAUUGGCGUUGUCGGGUACGCACUCUAUUUGUUCCGGGAUGCAGCGAAUUAUCAUGAAUAUAAUAUAAAGGCUGGCUAUAAAUUAAAAAUAAUUGUGUAUAGUAACGAACUACGGUGAGGCCGGCAAGCGCAAUUCAAGGGAUUUACUCCUAUUCCUAACACCUUUCCUGACAUUUUGUUACUUAGCGUAUCGAUGCCCACUUACAGUCAGUAUAAACAGUAUAAGAUACGCAUCGUGGAGAUAUUUAUGUGCCCUCAAGUCUCCAGACCUCGCAUGCCCUUCGAAAUUCUCAGCUCUCGAGCAUCGUGCGCAAAGACGCCCAAUCUCACCACUCGCUUUCUCGUUUACUACCUCCUGAUACGUCUGUGUUUUCAGAUACUUGCCAACCCACAGUCCACCGGUGUAUCUCCCCGCUUUCCGCGUAGGCAAUACGUGAUUUGUUCCAAUGCACU